CUAUUCGCGCGUGGCGCAAGCGAGUGGCAACGAGCCCAUCUACGCGCCGAAUCCCUCGCCGGCCGGAGCCCAUCGCACCGCCGCCACCACAUACCCUCCAUCCCCCUCGCGGAAGAAACACCCAACAAUGGCGGCGGGCCCCACGGCGGCGUCCAUCCGCCCACCCCUGCCGCCGCCGCCCCCCUGCUUCGACUACCGGUCCGCAUCCCUCGCCGACACCCGCGCCGCCGCCGCCGCGGCCGACCUCCCGGCGCGGCUGGUCGAAUCCGGCGCGCUGGUGCGGGUUCCCAGGAGGCGGUUCGGCCCGGUCCCGGCGUGGCGGCCGCCCGACUUCGCGGAGCCCGAGGAGGUGUGGAUUCUCGGGACCUCCCACCUCGCCGCGGACUCCGCCGCCGACGUCGCCCGCGUGCUCCAAGCCCUCCGACCCGACAACGUCGUCGUCGAGCUCUGCCGGAGCAGGGCUGGGAUCAUGUACGCGCCGGACUCCGACGACGGCUCCGGCCCCGGCGAGCCGCUGCUCAAGUCCAACAUGUUCUCGCUCGGCGGCGCCAAGUUCUUCGGAGCCGUCAACCGGAGCAUCAACCUCGGUGGGCAGAGUGCUCUGGCUCUGCGUCUCCUCCUGGCCGUCUUCUCGUCCAAGAUCUCUUCCGGCGCCAACCGGCCGUUCGGUGAGGAGUUCCGAGCGGCAAGGAAGGUGUCUGAAGACAUUGGUGCCCAGCUCGUUCUUGGGGAUCGCCCAAUUGAGAUAACUCUUGAACGAGCCCUUAAAUCCCUCAGCUGGGACGAGAAAACAAGGCUCGUGGUCUCACUGUUCCGCGGGAUCACUUCCACGACAAGAACCGUGGACACGCCCCAGGAGGACGAGAAGGCCGCAACGGUUAGCCCGUACGAGCUGUACAACAAGCUCAGCUUCUCAUACCCUUCUCUGCUGCAGCCUCUCAUACACGAGCGUGACAUGUUCCUUGCAUGGUCGCUGAAGAGGAGCAAGGCGGUGAACGGGAGCAAAAGGGUGGUCGGGGUGAUCGGGAAGGGGCACAUGAACGGCGUGGUGCACGCCCUCAUCUCCGACCAGGGCGACCUGCGGUUCCGGGACCUCGUCGGCAGGGAGUCGUCGGAGACCUGGGCGAGCUCCAUUGUCAAGGGCCUCAUCAGGGACACGGUCAUUGGGGUCGCGCUUUGGGCUCUGUAUGAACUGCUGCAGACUGUGUUAUAGGCCGUCGUCAGCACUCAGCAGACACGGCGGGCUAUUUAUUGUCAAAGAUGGUCGGAAAGAAAUGAACCAGAAGAUUUACGAUAUACGAAACAGGUCACCCUAUACGAACACCAUGCAUAUUGCAGGCAGCUGAGCUCAAAGACUAAAAGUUUAUGACAGUAUUAAGAGAUGUUUGCACAGAUUGA